AUGGAUCAUUUCAUCAAAGUUUUUCAGAAGAAACACAAGAAGGAUCUCCGUUCAGACAAGCGGGCCUUGGCUAAGCUCCGUAGGGAGGUCGAGAAAGGCAAGAGGGCGUUGUCAUCUACUCAUCAAGCUCGUAUCGAAAUUGAAGGCAUCAUGGACGGCAUUGAUUUCUCUGAGACUCUCUCCAGAGCUCGUUUUGAGGAGCUGAAUGCCGAUUUGUUCAAGAACACUCUCACACCAGUGAAGACUGUCCUCGACGAUUCCGGCUUGUCCAAGAGUCAGAUUGACGAGGUCGUGCUGGUCGGUGGUUCUACUCGUAUUCCUAAGAUUCAGUCAUUGAUUAAGGACUUCUUUGGCGGUAAGGAACCUAACCGUGGUAUCAACCCUGAUGAGGCUGUCGCCUAUGGUGCUGCUGUCCAGGGUGGUAUCUUGAAGGGCGAAGGCGGCCAAGAUCUUCUUUUGUUGGAUGUCACUCCCCUAUCUCUCGGUAUUGAGACUGUCGGAGGUGUCAUGACCAAGAUCAUCAACCGCAACACUGUCAUUCCCACGAAAAAGUCCCAGGUCUUCUCGACCUAUCAGGACAACCAACCCGCCGUUAACAUUAGGGUCUUCGAGGGUGAGCGUCCUAUGACCAAGGACAAUCACGAACUUGGAAACUUCGAGCUCUCGGGCAUCCCACCUGCUCCUCGUGGUCAGCCACAGAUUGAGGUCACUUUUGAGAUUGAUGCCAAUGGUAUUAUGAACGUCCAAGCUGUCGAUAAGGGCACUGGGAAGAAGGAGCAUGUUACCAUCACAAAUGACAAGGGUCGUCUAUCUGAAGAACAGAUCGAGCAGAUGAUUCGCGACGCUGAGAAGUAUGCUGAUGAGGACAAGAAGACUAAGGAGAAGCUCGACGCGAAGAACGCCUAUGACACUACCUUCACUCGAUGCGCA